AUGUUGAUAACGCUUUACACUUGUCAUAUAUAUUAGGAAUGGAAUAAAAACAGGUUCAAUCGCUAUCAAUUCAAAUAUGGCAGUGCAGAAUAUUGCUGUAAAACUUUGCGGGAUACUGCAAGCAAACAGUGAUGAUGAAGUCACAGCUCGAGAGUGGCGGCUAGUUGGUCAAGAGCAAGACGGUUCCCAAAUUUUAACCUGGGUUUCGACGGUUAAAUGUAGCGAUGUAAUGAAUAUUGGUGUAUACUCAAAUAAAACGAAAUCUCUAUCUACGUUGUAUACUUUUGAGAAAAAACUCAAUAUAAUUCAAGCGUCAGUCAAUUCCACUCACAGUUUACUUGUAUAUGUAGAAAAAAUAUUAGCUACAGAUGAGUCUAAAGAGGCUUUAUAUCAUCCCUACAUUGUCUCUCUGUUGACUGAUAAAAUAGGUCUCCCAGAAGCAGUGGAAGAAGCUUCUACAAAACAGAUUAUGUUGCAGUUUGUUUACGGAAAAAGUAAUAAAUACAGUCCUGGAAUAAGGAAUGAUAGAUUUUUGCUUUUUAAACAUUUGGAAUGUAUUAAAAUCUAUCGCUCACCUCUGUUCUUAAAUGAAUGUGAUGAUGGGACGGAAAAAUGGGGAUUUGAUGGGGUUUACACUGAUCCGGAGACAAUUGUCAAUGUAUUUUCAUGGGCCCAAUGGGAUUGUGCUAAUCAGGUUCUUUUCUACAUCCACUAUCGAGCACCCACUCAAAGUUUCGCCGAGGGCGAGGAGGUUAAGUCUCCAUCAGAGUUGACGCCGACUCUCUCCGCUUUGCAGUUUCACGCUGAUCUGCCUCACGAGACUGUGCUCAAUAUACCUCUCAGCUUGCCGCAUGUACCAGGAGCGCAUGGCGCCGCAGCAGCUUGCGGUUCCUACGAAGACGAUCCUAUACCGCUGCGUGUGCAUGAUUGCAGUUUGGAUUUGUAUAUAGUGUGUGAUCAGCGAGGUUUACUAUGCGUUUGUCAUCACUACCUUUAUAAGCCUCUAGACGAUUCAACGAGUUCCUUGGUCCUGGAUGAUGUUGAUUUAAAAGACUCCGGUGUAAACUUUGCAUAUUCCGUGACAUUGCUCCAUCACGGUUGCGUGAUACACAGCGUCGUGCCGGACCUGCCGUGGUCACUCGCCAAAUCAUUACGACCUUCUUACACGUUGUAUAAUGACAACCAACUGCUAGUCAAUAUACCGAUGUUAUUCACACAUCUCAUUGACAUCAGUCCGCACCACGAGCCUUGCUGCCAUAUCGUCAUUCCCAUGGAACCUAGUGAGAGCGGGCCGAGCUUAGCCCCACUGCUGGGAUGGGGAGCCCACGCCAUGGUUGACCUCAAUACCCUGGAUGUGCUUACUAUGAAUGUGACGGAGAAGGACCUGGCGUCCACCUUUAAGAGCGAUACGUCAAUUGAGAAUAAAUUGGGAAUCAUGCAUUAUCUCGUUCAGCAUGAUGGGAAUACGGAUUUGGCUGAAGAGUUAAUAUCGUGGCUCUGCCUGCACCAACACGACGGCCUGGGCGGCCUGCAGCGCGUGAUGCAGGAGUACCUCAUAGGAACCACGUACGCGGUGACGCGACGGUCGCUGCCCGCCUCGGCUGUUAGCUUGAUGAACUGGCUGCCCUUCACCUUGCAUCUGAAGUUCUCUGAUGUUAAGGCGGGCGGCGCGCGGCUGUGCGUGUCGGUGUGCGCGCUGUGGCGCGGCGCGGCGGCGGCCGUGGUGCUGGCGCCGCGCCAGCGCGUGGCGCAGUUCGCGGAGGACGCCUGGACGCGCCUGUGGGCCGCGCUGUGCGCGCUGGCCGCGCCGCGCGCGCGCCUGCGCCCCGACCACGUGCGCGCGCGCCUCGCCGUCUCGCUGCACUGCUACCAGCCCGAGGCGCUGUCCCGCUGCAGCACGCCGCUGUCGCCGGGCGGCCCGCGGCGCUCGCUGGCGCCCCAGGACGCGCUGCCCUUCGCCGAGCUCGACGUGUGCACCACCAGCCGGCAGGAACACGUCAUUGCGGCCAACCUGCGCGCGGUGAGCGUGCACCUGCUGACGGAGGGCGGCGCGCUGGAGAGCGGCGUGCACGCGCUGGCCACGCGCUGGGCGGCCGCGCAGCUGGACGCGGCGCGCGCGCUGUGCCGCGCCGCCGUGCGCGCGCUCGCCGCGCAGCACCCGCACUACCGCGGCUUCCACUACAUAGAUGAAAUGGAUCCCACGCAUGCGCUGUACCUCUUCAAGAUCCUGGAGCAGUACUAUGCUGCGACGGACUCGAUCGCGUUUCCUCAGCCACAGGGCUUCAGUUCGUUCUUUACGUACCUCGGCUACCGCACGCUGCCCUUCCACGCCUUCGUGCAGUACGUGCACCGGAACGUCUUCGAGCUGCAGAUAGAUGUGCUCAAGGCGAUUAUUGCAAGCAAGGACGCCAGCCCGCGCACGGUGAACAACAAGCUGCGGCUGGUGCAGCUGGUGGGCGAGGCGCGCGGGCGGCGCGCGCUGGGCGCGUGGCCGCACCGCGCCGCGCUCGUGCUGCGCGCGCGCGACCACGCCGCCGCGCUGCUCAGCGGCGGCGCGGCGCCCGCGCGCGACCACGCGCCGCACCGCCCCGUCAAGGACACCGGUAUAGCAGCUCUGCCUUCAGGCGAACGUUUGUCUCCACUCGACACAUUUUUGGACCUCUUGACUGCUAAAGCUAGCCUCAACGAACUGGACUUCAACCUUAUUAUAGAAGCUACAUUGGCAUCUGUACAAGAAAAUUCAUAAAACUGUUAAUCGUAAUAAAUUAAGAAACCUUCUAGUCGUAUAUUAAUAUUGACAGAUUUAGAUUGAAGUUAUGGGAAAUUUAAUUUGAUUAUUAUUAAUGACAAAUUGCAGUUGCCUUAUGGUUGCUCUUUACUCAUAAUUCCAGUGUCAAAUUUUGUAAACAAUAUAUAAUUUUGAAAAGUAACUUAAUACUAGUCAUCUGUACUUGUAGUAUGUAGUACAUAAAAUUGUUUAGUGCAAUAAAUAUACAUAACAUUCCUUUUUCUUAAAAAAAAAUGAUUUGAAUAUUGUUAAUAGAUCAAUUCAGUCUUCAUCAAGAAGAUAUAUUUUAUUUGUUAAUUUCAAAGUAAAGGUUUACUUACGACCGUUUUCAAUAAUCUAUUUCUGGUAUAGCUAACCAUAUUACCAAUAGAUUUUUAACAAAAUUUGUAUGGAGCUUACGACAAAAUUCUAUCUCUAGUAAGCAAAUUCAGAGUUAGCCAGUUUCAGAUAGAUUCCAGAAACUGGCCAUUAAUGGAAAUAUUAAGCACAAAAUUAGAGUACUUUAGAUUCGUCGUUGGUUAUAAUUUUAAUAUUAUACGUGUAAGGCGAGUCUAGGAGAUAAGUGAAUCUAUAAGACUACUUUAGUAAAAUAAUAAAUUAGUUAAACAUAGUGUUCACAUAGAGAACCUAGAUAAAAGUAACAUUACAGCAAUUACCAAAUUAAUUUCAAUGUCAUCAGUACAGUGCCAAGUACAUUUAAACAUGAUAUUAAUAUAAAAUUUGUAAUAGAAACCUUAUUUGGUUUUCAUAAUUUUGUAAUAUCAUUAUUUCUAUUCAUUAGAUUAUAACAUUUAUGUGCAAAUUUAGUGCAAUAUUAUUAUAAGAAAUAAAACAUUUUAUUUAAGUGAA